GGGCCACCUGGACCGCCCGGCCCACCUGGUCUUUUGGUGAGUAUUACACACAGGUGCUUUCUUAUAAUAAUGAUCAGCCUCCAAUUUCUCCUGAAAGUCUCAUUAUUCGAGAGGCAGACAUAUAAGGAGAAUUAAUGCUCAAAGAUUUAUUCUGGAGAUGAGCAGAUGAGGUUUCGAGUACAGAUGACAUGCACUUCAAGUACGAUCGAAGUCCAUCACAUUCAGCAAACUUACGGUUGGGAGAGGUGAAUGGUCCUGUUGCGACGAAAAAACGUGUAACAGGGACAAAUCAAGCGCACUACAGAUCAGGGACAUGUAACAGGGAUCCAGCAGAGCAGCAAAAGAAUAGCAAUGUCCGCGGACACAAGAAAAUGAUACAUGUUUUCUUUGUCAGUUGUUUUUCCAAGUGUACGAAGAAAUGGUAGUUCGUACACUUGGCAACAACUAUUGAUUUGGAUUCAAGAACGUGUCAUAGUACCCUAACAACAUUAUACUGACCUAGGUGAACUGUCCCAUGAAAUUCUUUAUUUGAGCGUCGUGCGACAAUUUGUUAAUUUAUUUAUUUGCGGGAAAAAAUAACACACAGAUCAUACAACAUUUUGCUAAAGGAAAGCGAACCCUCUUUCAAUGUUGUUAUGACGAUGACAAGAUUUGUAACAGGUUUAACGCCAGAGCAACAAAGGAUUGUCAGGUGGGUACGGAAUCAAUGCAUUCGUUUCUGGCGACAACGGUCAUUGAAGAUAAAAAGAUAGAACGGUUUUUGUUACAGUGUAAUUUGAGAAAAAUGGGUCAGUAUAAAUAUUUCCUAUGAUGAGGAUUUAGGCAUGCAAGACUCAGAUCAUACCUUGUAUUUCAGAUGAACGAAAGCAUCCACAUGGUCGGCAAAGGAAGAAACACAACAUAUGAUUGUAAGUCUUUAGGCACGAAGGAGAUAAGCUGCUCAAUUGUUCUGAAUUGUUAAAGUGUGUCGUUCUAUGCAAAUGCUUCAGAUAAUCAACAUAAGACGUUUUAAAAGUUCAGAACUCUGUGCUCCAACUACAUGUAGUAUAUAAUGGGUGUUUCCUGCAGUAGUAGCCUCCCAGGCAAACGUUCCUUCGUGGGGAGGGAACGAGUGAAGAAGCCCUCUAAAACCUCCUGCGUGAGGAGGUAUUGCGGUUGUGAAGAGCGGGCAGUUUGAAAAAGUUUGUGCGUGAUGAUUUUAAGAAAUUAUACGAUGGAACCUCCAUAUUACGAACCUCUGUUUAACAAAGUCCCCGGCAUAACGAACGCUUUUCUUUAGCCCAGUUAUGGCAAAAUAUCGUAAAAUUCCGAAAAUAAGCUCCUCCGUGUAUAAGCCCCUCCAAAUAUAAGCCCCCCAAACUCGUAACGCAAAAAACCCUCCGUUAAAUCGCCCGUCCGAAUAUAAGCCCCUCCGGGGGCUUGUACUUGGAAAUUGCCCUCAAAUACAAAGCAAAACAAAGCAAAAACGGUAAAUCUCUUUCCAACUAUAAGGCUAGCCCAAUCAAUUUUGGAACGCAAAUUUCCCUCCCUAGAUAAACCCCUCCGAAUACAAGCCCCUCCAAAAAUAAGCCCCUCAAGAAGGGCCUUUGAAAAAUAGAAGCCUCGGGGCUUAUUUUCGGAAUUUUAUGGUAUUUGACAACUGAGAAUCUCGAUAUAACGAAGCCUCGUUAUAGCAAACAAACUUUUCCACUCCCUUGGCCCUUCGUUAUAUCAAGGUUGCACUUUAUGUAACACUGAUUCUAACUGUCAGGUUAUAAUCCUUUUUUAAGAUCUUCAUCGUAUAAUUAAUUGGAAUGUGAAACACAAGUCAGGCAGCAUGGAGUAUGAAGAGACCAGGGGAGAAAUCAAGGUAAAAAGAGCCGGCUACUACUUCAUAUACAGCCAAAUGUACUAUGCCGACGGUGGUAAGGAAACUCUUCAGAUGGCUCACGACACUUACAUCAGUGGCGAAAUAGUGAUGAGCAGUAUGGAAAGUAUCACUUCAAAAGACUCCAACUCUCGGCAGUACCACACAAAGUACCAUGGUGGCGUGUUUCAUGUUAAGGCUAACGGCACCAUUUCUGUUCGUAAUCCUUACACGAAGCGUUAUCUAAUGGAUCCUACUGGUAGCUUCUUCGGGGCUUUUUUGCUUCACCUCUAA